CAGCGAGCGAACCCAUUUUCAUUUCAAAGAAAAGGAAGGUGUUGUUUGAUAUCGAUUAGUUUUUCUUGGUCAUCAUUCAUUUCAGUGUAUUUCUUGUGUGUGCGGUAUAUAUAUUUCUUCUCUAAGUUCGCGGUCACCGUUUUUUUUUAUUCAGAUUAAAAAAGUACAUUUUUAUAUUGAAUUGAGAGGAUAAGGAUUUGAGAAUUGGGAAAUAUUAAAGUGCCACGGUGCCAAAUAGCGGUGUUUUUUUUCCAAAUGCACAAAAGGAAAAAAAUUCUCUAGUUGCAACUCCGGAAGUCUGAACUGAAGAAGAAGAAGACGAAGUCGAAAACCGACGACAAAAGCCGCCUUCAAGCUCGUCACAAUCGCAAUUGCAUUUUUUUUAUCGUUCGUUGUUGUCGCUAAAUAAAUUUGAUUUUAUCGCUUUUUUUUCUGUUGGUCUUAAUUGUUGUAAAAAAUUGAAAUAAUCGAGCAACGAGAAACGAAAACGACGAAAAAUCAAAAAAAAAAAAAAGAAGAAGUAAAUUCUUGCACGAAGAAAGUUGCUAAACUAGGUAGUAAAUAAAUAAGUGAACAACAUGGCGUGGCGAUUCAAAGCCUCGAAAUACAAAAAUGCUGCUCCCAUUGUGCCCAAACCGGAAGCAUGUAUUCGCGACAUUGUCGUUGGAUCCUAUCAAACUUUCGGCAAUAAUAUUGCAGCAUCGGGAGCCUUUAUGGCAUUUAACUGGGAGCAUACGGGCUCUAGUUUAGCAGUGUUGCCAAUUGAUGAUUGCGGCAGAAAAAGCAAAACUAUGCCUCUGCUGCAUGGCCACACUGAUACUGUCACAGAUUUAGAGUUUUCACCUUUUCAUGAUGGCCUCCUGGCAACUGCAUCGCAAGAUUGUUUGGUCAAAAUUUGGCAUAUUCCAGAAAAAGGCCUAGAUGCAUCGCUCUCAGAUGCAGAAUGUGUGUUCUCUCACAAACAACGUCGUGUAGAGACUGUUGGCUUUCAUCCUACAGCAGAUUGUCUCUUACAUUCCACAGCAGCAGGAUGUGUUACUCUUUGGGAUAUUACUUCACAAAAAGAAGUAUUUUCCAACAACGAACAUCCUGAAGUUAUUCAAUCGGUUAGUUGGAAACAAGACGGAACUGUUUUGGCUACCAGUUGCAAAGAUAAGAACGUACGAAUUCUAGAUCCAAGAAUCGGUGGCGAUCCCAUUCAAAUGGUUGGUGAGAGUCAUCAGAGUAUCAAAGAUUCUCGUGUUGUAUGGUUGGGAAAUCAAAGUCGCAUCCUAACAACCGGUUUUGAUGCUGCUCGUCUCCGACAAGUAAUCAUUCGUGAUUUGCGUAAUUUUUCUGUACCAGAGAAAACUCUAGAACUCGAUUGUUCCACUGGUAUCCUGAUGCCUCUCUACGACCCAGAUACCAAUAUGCUUUUCCUUGCCGGAAAGGGUGACACCACCAUCAACUAUCUCGAAGUUAGCGAUAAGGAUCCAUUUUUAAUUGAAGGUCUGCGUCAUACUGGCGAACAGACAAAGGGUGCCUGUUUGGUACCAAAGAGAGCUCUUAAAGUGAUGGAAGGAGAGGUUAAUAGAGUUUUGCAAUUGACUUCCAAUAUGGUCAUUCCUAUAAUGUAUCAAGUUCCAAGAAAGACUUACAGAGAUUUCCACAGUGAUCUUUAUCCUGAGACUACCGGUUACAAGACUGAAUUGAGUGCCAGCGAGUGGAUGAGUGGCAUCAACUUACCCGUGCCAAAAAUGAGCUUGGAUCCGGCAAAGCGAGAGCUCGGUGAUGCUCCAAUUACAGUUCAUCGUGGUAAUUUAAAAUCGGUUGUUUUGAAUAUCGAAAAUAAAAAAUCCUUAGAAGCCAAAAAACAACAACAAAACGGACGUCAUGCAUCAACAACACCAGUUGUUGUAACUGCAGUUAAAAAUGAUCUCAGAUUUAAUGAUAAAUCCGAUAAUAAUAAAGACGACGAUGAAUUACUUGCACUUUCAAGAAAUGAUAUAAUGAAGAAAUUUGAUAGCAAGUAUAAAAGUGAUACAGAUAAUAAGAAUAUCAGUUCGAUUAGAAAACGGGCUGUAUCACCACAAAAUGGCGAUAAUAAUCAUGAAGAACCACCACGCAUGGUUUCUCAUAAUUCAUCGCAAGAAUCUCCCGAAGAGUCAUGCAGCAGUGAUCAUUCGAUUACAAGUCCACCGAAACCGAUGCCACGCACUUCGAGAAAUAAUUCAUUGCCUGACUCACAACAUAGCUCAUCGAGUGAUGAAACUCCUCGCCCAAAGCCGAGAACAACGACACCAUCGUCAUAUAAGCCAAGACUGGGCCCAAAGCCAUUUUCAAGUAAUUCAGGAGACCUUACUUUGGACAAAGUAUUCGCCGUCCCCCAUGCCCCAGGAUCCCAGGACACACUUAAUAGUUUAGAUGAAACAAUAUCCCCACCCGCCUCCAAUAAACCUGAUCUCAUUGUUGAAAUUGAAAUAAAAAAAGAAAAACCACAAAGGAAUGGUGAUGCAGAUGGAGACUCUCGUCCCAAGUCUUUAACAACUUCAGAGAGACGAAAGUCGGCUGAUGAAUCCCCCGAUAAGAUCUUUGAACUAAAUCACUCCGAGUCAUCGGAGAAUUCAACCGAAGGAGAGGAUAAAAAUGAAGUUGAAUUACGCAGAAAUUCACCAACUCGUAGUAGCAUUGCAGAUCGUCGACGUUUAUAUGAGAAUCGUUCAAGAAGCACCCAAGAAGAAAAGAUGCAAUCUCCAGCUCCACUUAGACGUGAGUUAACUAGAGCUGAAACAAUGAAGCCUCCAACAGAAAACAAGCGCAUUUCGGUGCCCGAAGGUAAGCUACUCGAAGAGAAACGACGAAACGUUGAUGGUAUAAAGAAAUCGGCCACAGAAGCAACCAUAACAUCAACAAAACGUACUUCAACAGUAUUUGGUAAAGUUUCCAAGUUCCGCCAUUUGAAAGGAACUCCAGGCCAUAAGUCAACUCACAUAGAGAAUUUGCGCAAUUUAAGUCGGCAAAUUCCAGGCGAGUGUAACGGUUUCCAUGCAAAUCAUGAGCGUGUUGCCGUGCCUCUUUCUGGUCCAGGAGGUAAAAUCGCAAUAUUUGAAUUAAGUCGCCCUGGCCGUUUACCCGACGGUGUUAUUCCCUCGCUGGUAAAUGGAAGCAACAUCAUGGAUUUCCAGUGGGAUCCUUUCGAUUCGAAAAGAUUGGCUGUGGCCUGCGAUGAUGGAAUUGUUAAACUGUGGCGCAUCGAUGACAAUGGCUUAAACGAACCGACUAAUACUCCCGAAAAAGAACUCACAGCCCACUUGGAUAAGAUCUAUUUUAUCCGUUUUCAUCCGUUGGCCAAGGAUGUUUUUCUAACCACAAGCCAUGACAUGACCGUGAAGUUGUGGGAUCUGAAUACAAUGCAGGAGAAGUGCAAUUUGCAAGGCCACAAUGAUCAGAUAUUCGAUUUGGCAUGGAGUCCGUGUGGAAAAUUUGCAGCCAGUGUAUGCAAGGAUGGCAAGAUUCGUGUCUAUAAUCCGAGAAAAUCUGAGACACCAAUUAGAGAGGGCAAUGGACCAGUUGGAACAAGAGGAGCUCGAAUAACUUGGGCAAUUGAAGGGCAGUACAUAGUGUGUACAGGAUUUGAUAAAGUAUCGGAACGACAAAUAAGUGUUUACAAUGCAAACAAGUUGACUGCUCCAUUAAAUACAAUCAGUUUAGAUGUAUCACCAUCUAUUUUGAUUCCAUUUUAUGACGAAGAUAGCUCAACUUUAUUUGCUACCGGAAAAGGAGACUCAACUAUUUAUGCAUAUGAAAUCACCGAUGAGGAGCCAUAUAUUUGUCCACUUUCACAUCAUAGAUGCUCUUCGUUGCAUCAGGGUCUUAGUUUCCUCACAAAAAAUCAUUGUGAUGUGGCGAGUGUGGAAUUCUCGAAGGCUUAUCGCUUGACAAAUACAACAAUUGAACCAUUAAGUUUUACAGUGCCAAGAAUAAAGAGUGAACUUUUCCAAGAUGAUCUCUUCCCCCCAACCCUUGUGACAUGGGUACCAACAAUGACAGCCGAUGAUUGGUUUUCUUUGAAUGACAAAAAACCCAAAAAGAUUAGUCUUCAACCGGAGGGUAUGGAUUGUUUAUCAUCCAUUCAACCAGCAGCACAGACUAAAAAACCCGAACAAACAUCCAGUCCCCAGUUUUUGACAAAAUCCGAAUAUGAAAAAGCGAAACAACAAGAAAUUCAAAAAUCAGUAAGUGCUCGCAUGGAAUACAACACCAAACUCGAACAAGACGAAAUGGAAGGAGUGGACGAGAAUGAAUGGGAAGAAUGAAAAAUUGACAACAUGCUGCGCUAUAGAAAUAUUGCUGGGAUUCUCUCGCCAGCAGCUGCUUUAGAAAUAAGAUUAUAAAAUUUAUAUAAUAUAAACAAAAAUAUAAUAGUACUAUUAAUCUUAAACGUGUUAACAAAAAAAAAAAAAAAAACAAAAAACAAUCGUCGUAAAAAUGUGGAACACUAAAAAAAAAACAAAAAACAAAAAAAUACUCUGAGCAUUAAUGUAUAUCAUUUUUAAAUGUUUUGUCUAAAAAUCAAUCUAAAUCAAUUUCCCCCCAAAAAUCUUAACUUGAAGCUCUCUAAAUCCCAUUUUAUUAAAAAAAAAGUUUAUUGUAAGUUUAAUUUUAAUUUUUAAUUAGAGAUUAAAAAAACAAGAAAUCUGUUGCCAUAAGUCAAGGAACUUUUACAAAACUAAUUAAUUUGUAAUUCAAUUUAAAAUAUUUAAAAAUAUCAUAUCUAGUCGGAUAUACACAAAUUUAGAUUAAAUUAAACAAAAAAAAAAAAAAACAAAAAA